AUGGUACAACCAAACAACAUUGACACCUUGCUAUCAUCAAUACCACCAUCUUGGAAUUGGAGAAAAGGCUAUGUUACACCUGUAAAAUACCAAGGGUUGUGUGGUUCAUGUUGGGCUUUUAGUACUACUGGUGCUCUUGAGGGACAGCAUUACAAAGCAACUGGUAAACUAGUGUCUCUUUCUGAACAACAACUAGUGGAUUGCUCACAUGAAAAUUUUGGCUGCAAUGGUGGUAUUCCUUUUAGAGCAUUUACUUAUAUCAAAGAAAAUGGAGGAAUUGACACUGAAGAGUCAUAUCCUUAUAUUGGACAGAAUGGUACUUGUCAGGAUAAUCUGGAAAACAUUGGUGCCAAUUGUACAGGAUAUGUCAUUCUUCCUUCAGGAGAUGAAGAUACAUUGCUGUCCACUUGUUAUUCUGUUGGACCAAUUAGUGUCCUCAUGGAAGUCACUGGAAUGAACUUUCAGCUUUAUCAUAGCGGUGUGUAUUCUAAUAAAAACUGUUCUUCCUCACUAUUUUCUCUUAAUCAUGCUGUCCUCUUGGUUGGUUGGGGUACUUCAGAUGAUGGAGAAGAUUACUGGCUAAUAAAGAACAGCUGGAGCACAAAAUGGGGGAUGGACGGAUACUUCAUGCUGGCUCGUAAUAAAGACAACAUGUGUGUUGUUGCUACUGUACCCGUUAUCCCACAGUUUAAAAACUAG